GGUGAGCAGUAAGAGGUUAAGAAAUAUACAGGCAAGGUUUUUAGCCCCCUCCCCCGCCUGUUAAACUUGCCGGUGUCUAUAGUGGUAUGUCCCAUGGGGGGGAGGAGUGCACCAAUCAGGGGUGUAAUAGUUUCCUGGGCUUUCAGGGGCCCUCCCCUGGGUAUUUAUAACUGGGGUGCCUCCCUUCCCCCCUCAAUCUGCCCAGGACCCGGAGUUUUGGCUGCUGGUUGGUAUUUUUCUGCCCCUUAUUUAUGGCCCGGAUGGAGCAGGAGGGUGAGGGUUGGCAUGCUCCCUUGUGGCUGAGCUGGCCUCCCCUCCUGUUGCGCCCGAGGCGGGUUCGGGAGGCUGGCGAACCUCUCGCAGUCCCGCUCCCCUUUCCCACUAUAGGCCCUGUGAGCCCUGUCCUGCCCGUUCCUUUUGCCCUCUUCCCUGCUUGUGGACAAGCCCCCUCGCUGUUUGGAGUUACGAUUUAUUUUGGGGCUAUGCUCCCUGGGGUCGGUAUUGGUUGUUGACACUUUGUCCCGUUUUUCUCUGGCAGUGGUUCCGGAGGUUGCUCCCUCGGGUGGAGUCGGAAGGUUUGCUCGUGUGGCUGGCCCGUGGUUCAUCGUGCAGAGUGGUGUAUUUCUUGGUCCGCUUUGGUGGCUCCUGCGACUUGGUCGCACUCACGGCAUGCUGGGUAUGGUGGGAGAAGAAGCAGGAAGAGACCUACAGCAGGAGAACAUGCAGUGCAGACUAUUCAGAGCUGUAACAUCUCUGGAGACCCCGGAACAUGAGGAGCAGUGACCGACCAAGGAUGGAGGAGGACAGAGACCACAUGUCUGGGAGGAUAUUAGACCUCACCCUAGAGAUGAUCUUCUGGAUCACUGGAGAGGAUUACACAGUAGUGAAGAAGUCGUCUGGUGAGUGUGUGACACCCCGUGUGUCAGGAGGCUGGAGGAGGAGCCAGAGCCCCACCCCCGAGGAGCCUCCACCUCAUUCACUGAUACAUGAGCAGAAGAUCCUAGAACUUACCUCCAGGAUCACUGAGCUGCUGACUGGAGAGGUGAGCGCUGCUGGGAAUGCUGGGACAUUAUACAAUAACACCAAGGUAUGAAGUGUCUGGAGGAGAAUUGUAUCAUUGUCUGUGUCAGGUUCCUAUAAGAUGUCAGGAUGUCACUGUCUAUUUCUCCAUGGAGGAGUGGGAGUAUUUAUUAGGACACAAGGAUCUGUACAAGGAUCAGGUCAUGAUGGAGGAUCACCAGUCCCUCACAUCACCAGGUAAGAGGAGAGAGCAGGUUUGUGGAUCUCCUAGAUUCCCCCAUCAUCUGAUCAUCACAUAUAACAAUGGAUUCAGUCACUGUGUUUAUUUCAUAUAGAUGGAUCCAGUAGUAUAAAUCCCCCAGAGAGAUGUCCCCGUCCUCUAUAUCCCCAGGAUUGUAAAGAGGAAGAGGAGGAUAUCCCACUGGACCAUCAGGUAGAUGUUGGACAUGAUCUUUCUCUUCACAGAACAUUAGUCCAGGACUUCAGCCUCAUCUAGAAUAGAACAUUUUGGGCCCCAGGGUUGAUGUCCCUGGUUCUUGUCUUCUUGGAGUUUCUGACCUUUUCCUGGACGUAUAAUAAACUUCGGUUCCUUUCUGAUUUUUUCCUCAGGUCCUUAAUGUUGGAUCCGUGCAGGAAAGUUCUGGAGGAACGAGGAGAGAACUGGAGGAACCCCGAUCAGUGUCAGAGAAGGGUGCAGAUAAGAUGAGUGACUGCCAUGAACUUCUCAUUUUUACUGGUUCUGAAGUAGAAGAUGAUUCAUCACAGGAUGGCGACAAAAGAACUGGACACAAAGUUUUUGCAAAUUCUGAAUGUAGGAAACAUCUAGAAAAUAAAUCUCAUCUCAUCGUACAAGAGAGAAUUCCCAUAGAUGAAAGGCCAUUGUCAUAUCUAGAAUGUGGGAAAUCUUUCAGUCCAAAAUCAAGUCUCUUGAGACAUCUGAGAGUUCACACAAGAGAGAAGCUGUUGUCAUGUUUAGAAUGUGGAAAAUCUUUUAGUAGAAAAUGGCAACUAAUAAGUCAUCAGAGAACUCACACAGGAGAGAAGCCUUUUAUAUGUUUAGAAUGUGGGAAAUCUUUUAGCUUGAAAUCGUAUCUGGUUAAACAUCAGAGAACUCACACUGGAGAAAAGCCUUUUAUGUGUUCAGAAUGUGGCAAAUGUUUUAGUGACAAAUCAACUUUGGUUAAUCAUCAGAGAGUUCAUACAGGAGAGAAGCUAUGGUCCUGUUCAGAAUGUGGAAAAUGUUUUAGUACAAAAUGGCAACUCGUUAGUCAUCAGAGAUUUCACACAGGAGAGAAGCCUUUUAAAUGUUCAGAAUGUGGGAAGUCUUUUACGGUGAAAUCAGAUUUGGUUAAACAUCUGAGAGUUCAUACCGGAGAAAAGCCAUGGUCAUGUUCAAAAUGUGGAAAUUGUUUUGGUAGAAAAUGGCAACUUGUUAGUCAUCAGAGAACUCACACAGGAGAGAAGCCUUUUACGUGUUCAGAAUGUGGGAAACCUUUUAGCUUGAAAUCGUAUUUGGUUAAACAUCAGAGAACUCACACUGGAGAAAAGCCUUUUAUGUGUUCGGAAUGUGGCAAAUGUUUAAGUGACAAAUCAACUCUGGUUAAACAUCAGAGAGUUCAUACAGGAGAGAAGCUUUGGCCCUGUUCAGAAUGUGGAAAAUGUUUUAGUACAAAAUGGCAACUUGUUAGUCAUCAGAGAUUUCACACAGGAGAGAAGCCUUUUACAUGUUCAGAAUGUGGGAAGUCUUUUACGGUGAAAUCAGAUCUGGUGAAACAUCAGAGAAUUCACACAGGAGAGAAGCCAUUUUCAUGCCUGGAAUGUGGUAAAUGUUUUACUAGGAAAUCACUUCUUGUGCGACACCAGAGAAGUCACACAGGAGAGAACUUAUUGUCAUGCUCAGAAUGUGGUAAAUCUUUUACUGUGAAAUCGGAACUGGUUACACAUCAGAGAAUUCAUACAGGAGAAAAGCCUUAUAGGUGUUCAGAAUGCGGGAAAUGUUUUCGUAGAAAUUGGCAUCUUGUUGGUCAUCAGAGAAUUCAUACAGGAGAGAAGCCUUUUACAUGUUCAGAAUGUGGAAAAUGUUUUAGUCAAAAAUCAGAUCUGGUUAAACAUCAGAGAACUCAUACAGGUGAGAGACCUUUUACAUGUUCAGAAUGUGGGAAAUGUUUUAGUGACAAAUCAUAUCUGGUUAAACAUCAGAGAACUCACACCGGUGAAAAGCCCUUUACCUGUUUAGAAUGUGGAGACUGUUUUAAUCAUAAAUCAGAUCUGGUUAAACAUCAGAUAAUUCACACAGGAGAAAACUUUUUUUCAUGCUGAGAAUGGGGUAGAUAUUUUACUGCGAAAUUGGAACUAGUUACACAUCAGAAAAUUCAUACAGAAGAGAAGCAUUUAAGGUGUUCAGAAUGCGGGAAAUGUUUUUAUAGAAAUUGGCAUCUUGGUGAUUGUCAGAGAACCCACACAGGGGGAAAGCCAUGCUCAGAAUGUGGAAAAUGUUUCAGUCAUAAAUCAGAUCUGGUUAAACAUCAGCGAACUCACACAGGAGAGAAGCCUUUUAGGUGUUCAAAUGUGGAAAAUGUUUUAGUGAAAAAUCAGCUCUGGUUAGACAUCAGAGAGUUCAUACAGGAGAGAAGCCAUGGUCCUGUUCAAAAUGUGGAAAUUUAGUAGAAAGUGGCAACUUGUUAGUCAUCAGAGAACCCACACCAGAGAAAAGCCUUUUAUGUGUUCAGAAUGUGGAAAAUGUUGUUUUAGUCAGAAAUCAGAUCUGGUUAAACAUCAGAUAAUUCACACAGGAGAGAACUUUUUUGUCAUGCUCCGAAUGUGGCAAAUAUUUUACUGUGAAAUCAGAACUACACAUCAGAGAACUCACACAGGAGAGACGUAAUUUUCUGCCUCGAAAUCAUUUCUUGUGGGACAUCAGAUGACUCGCACAGGGAGAAGUCAUUAUCAUGUUCAUAAUGUGGAAAAUAUUUAAGUAAUAAAUGGCAACUUGUUAUCAUCAGACAAGUCACACAGGAGAGAAGCCUUUUACUUGAUUAGAAUGUGGGAAAUUUACCAUAAAAUCAGAUCUGGUUAAACAUCAGAGAAUUCACACAGAAGCCAUAUUAAUGUUCAGAAUGUGGUAAAUUUUUUAUCACUAGAUCAAAACUUGUCAAUCAUAGAAGAAGACAUACUUGUGAGAAGCCAUUUUCAUGUUCAGAAUGUGGGAAAUGCUUUACUUCUCAGUCAAGUUAUUACUAAUGUCGAAAUUCUCCCAUAAAAGAGAAGGCAGUUUCAUGCAAGGAGUGUGGAAAAUAUUCUAUAACGAAGUGAAGUUUUAUUUUUCAGCAGAGAACUGUUGAAUGUGGGAAAUGUUUGAGUAAGAAAUAAUUUCUUGUGAUUGCACACAAGCAUUGAGAGUGUACAGCCUUUGUCUUGUUAUACGUAGAACUUCCAUUGAGGAGGAGCUAUUUUCAUAUAUAAAAUAUCUGAUUAAUAGCAAAGAGGGAAUCCUAUUAAAUCUAAUCAAAUUUGUUCUGAAUAAAAUUAAAAAAAAUCUCAAUUGUCUGAAUCCAAUU